UUGUGGAUUUAAAAGUUGACGGGACAAUGACCUUGGCUAAAAGUCCUCCUUCUCGGGGACUGUGAUGUGCUCUGAUGAUCAGAGGGGCCGUUAAGAUGCCUGCAGUGGUCAGGGGUCAUCAAAGGGCAGCUGUCCACUAUAAAAGACCUGUCUGCAGCUCCAUCUGCACACAACAUCAUUUGUGCCCGAGAGAAGCCAGAGGAAGGACAGACUGAGGCAAAUCUUUUUGGGUUUCAGCUAAAAUGGAGUGCAGAGGUCUUCUUGUUUUCUGCACGCUCUUUUUCUGCUCUUUAGGAGUCAUUUACUCAUCUCGGGCCCGCAGACAUCACACACACCUGGAGAACAGUUCAGCGUAUAUAAAUCAUUCAGCUAGUCAUCGUAUUAGAUACCCUUCAUACAUGAUGCAGCUGUACCGCUCCUUCAGUGCCGCCGACUCCAUCUCCUCAAUGGCUGUCAACACCUUCACAGCUCAAAGGGACCAACCUGCAGUUCACAACUCAGAUUCUGUCCUGAGUCUGAUGGCCAAAGGUUGCCAUCAAGCGGGUGACACAUGGACGGUCACAUUUGACAUGUCCUCUAUCUCUACCAGUCAGCUUGUCCAGCUUGCUGAGCUUCAAAUCCGACUCCCGGCUUUCUCUGCCUCCAAACGUGCCACUGUGGAUUUAUAUCACUCCCGGAAACAGAGCUGUGACCCGGACAGCACUUUGUGCGAGGUUGUCUUCUUGGGGAGCUUUGCCACAAAACCAAGUAUCACAAAGUCUUCCUGGAGGGUAUUCGAUGUGACCGCUCUCUUGAAAUACUGGCUCUAUCAGGGAGGUGAGGUGCUGAACCAAGAGUCUUCUGGGGAGCCUGAGAACAGCGAUGGGUGCAGUCAAGAUGUGGGCAACUGGGGAACAGUGCAAAGAAAAGUACAACAUCCAACCACAAAUCGGGUAAUGAUGGUUAUCUUCUCCAAACACAACAUGCCCCAGGAUGCCCCUGCAGCUUACAGUCUUAUUCACACUGUAGAGAACUCCAAGUAUCUAAAAGCCAACAGGGUCAAGAUUGACAAUCAAAGCAGACGCCACAAAAGGAACCGAUUGGGGGCCCUGAGAGUUAUUGACGGACCUGUACCUACCGUGGCCCCCGUAGUGGAGCAGGCUCAGGGGCCACUGUGUCGUAGGGUGGAUAUGUGGAUAGACUUUGACCACAUUGGCUGGGAUGAGUGGAUCAUCCAUCCUAAGCGCUACAAUGCCUAUCGCUGUGAGGGAGAGUGUCCGAUACCACUGGACGAGUCCUUCAACCCCACCAACCACGCCUACAUGCAGAGCCUGCUCAAACAUCACCACCCAGGAAGAGUGACUUGCCCUUCGUGCGUGCCAACGCGCCUCACCCCGCUCUCCAUGUUGUACUACGAGAACGACGACCUGACCCUGCGACACCACGAGGACAUGAUUGUUGAGGAGUGUGGUUGCCAUUGAAGCCAACCAAAAUUACCAAAUUACUAUCAAAUUAAACUUGAAUUAUUUUGUUUUUGUUCUCAUAUAAAUUGUAAUAAAAAAAUUGUAAUGAGCAUUUCUGGUCAUGACCGUCUACUGAAAGCCGUUUUCAGUGGGAAUAGAUUUAUUAGUAAUUUUCCACCAUUUCAUAUAUGUUAAAACAAUGUAAAUGUGAAUAUUAUGUCUA